AUGCUUGCGCUUGAAGUCGACUCCUGCGGCUUUGGUACCGUUAAUGUACGCUGUGCCUACAACGGUCUCGGGAGCCACAUCUUCCUCAACCCAGCGAACGAUAGCCAUCAGCACAUUCUCGUCCGGGUUAAGGCUCGCAACACUCUGUGCUUGAUUGCCAAUGAAGGUCGCACCUGGGCCACCUCCACAGUGUGCCAUGCCAGAUAUACGGAAGAAUCGGUAAAACUCGUCUAG